AUGUCACUCUCUUCCUACCUCGCCUCUAAAUACCUGAACGCAGAGCCUUCCUCAUCCGGCAAAAAGCGAAAGCGGAAGGAAAAGUCCUCUGGGAGCGGCCUCAUAAUAGCAGACGACGACGCGCUCGGAUGGACCGCAAGCCAAACCACAAAGGAUGAAGAUGACACCCCCACAACCGUAGCCUCCGGCUCCGCAGAAUUUCGAAAAGCAAAGAAGAAUGCGUGGAAGACUGUUGGCGUGCCGGCUCUGCAGCCAAAAGACAGCGAUGCCGAUGAGGCGGAUAGGAUAAUUUCCGAAGCGGCGGCGGAGAAUAGCGCUGCUAUGCAUGAGGAUGAGGGGCCGGUGAUAGAGGAUGAUGAGGGCGUGGUGAAGAUGGGUGAUGGCACACAUGCGGGGUUGCAGUCUGCAAGUGCUGUUACGAAGCAGUUUGAGAAGCGGAAGAGGGAAGAGGCUGCGCAGUGGGAAAGGGAGCAGAGGGCGCUGGGGAAGGGGAAUGAGGAGAAGGUUGAGGAGACGGUGUAUCGAGAUGCGACGGGUAGGAGGAUAGAUAUCUCGAUGCGGCGGCAGGAAGCGAGGAGGGAAGCGGAUGAGAAGGCUAGGAAGGAGAGGGAGGAGAAGGAGAUGCAGAAGGGGGAUGUGCAGAGGUUGGAGAAGGAGAAGAGGAGAGAGGAGCUGGAUGAGGCGAGGUUUAUGCCGGUCGCGAGGAAGAUUGAUGACGUGGAGAUGAAUGACGAGUUGAAGGAACAGGAGAGGUGGAAUGAUCCUGCUGCACAGUUUCUCGCGAAGAAGAAUAAAGGGAAGAGUGCCUCUGGGAAGCCGUUAUACAAAGGCGCAGCUGCACCAAAUCGAUAUAGUAUCAGACCCGGGCAUCGAUGGGAUGGAGUUGAUCGAGGGAAUGGAUGGGAAGCUGAGAGGUUCAAGGCUUUGAAUCGGGUAGCUAGGAAUAAGGAGCUAGACUAUUCAUGGCAGAUGGAUGAAUAG